AUAUAUAUAUACAAAUCGACAAGAGUCAUAUAUAGUUAAAUGCGUAUACAAACAUAUCAUCUAGUCUACAAACAUCAGGUUAGUCAGUCAGUGGCAAGAAAAAAUGGCGGAUGUCGAGUUGAACGUCGACAACCUGAUACAAAGAUUGUUGGAAGUCCGAGGAUGCCGACCAGGAAAGACCGUCUUAAUGUCGGAGGGAGAGGUGCGUGGCCUUUGUCUCAAGUCACGGGAAAUUUUCCUUCAACAACCGAUCCUGCUCGAAUUGGAGGCGCCACUUAAGAUCUGCGGUGAUAUUCACGGCCAAUACACUGACUUGUUACGGCUAUUUGAAUAUGGCGGUUUCCCGCCAGAGGCGAACUACUUAUUUCUUGGUGAUUACGUAGACAGGGGCAAACAAUCGUUAGAGACGAUAUGCUUGUUGCUUGCCUACAAGAUCAAAUAUCCGGAGAAUUUCUUCCUAUUGCGAGGCAAUCAUGAAUGCGCAAGUAUAAACAGGAUAUACGGAUUCUACGACGAGUGCAAGAGGCGGUACAACAUUAAACUAUGGAAAACGUUCACCGAUUGCUUCAAUUGUCUUCCAAUCGCCGCGAUCAUCGAUGAGAAGAUAUUUUGCUGUCAUGGAGGUCUCAGUCCAGAUCUUCAGAAUAUGGAACAAAUCAAAAGAAUUAUGCGUCCGACAGAUGUACCUGAUACUGGCCUUCUCUGUGAUUUGUUAUGGUCAGAUCCAGAUAAAGAAGUCCAGGGAUGGGGUGAAAAUGAUAGAGGUGUAUCUUUCACAUUUGGUCCAGAUGUAGUAUCGAAGUUCUUAAAUCGUCAUGAUAUGGAUUUAAUAUGUAGAGCACAUCAAGUAGUCGAAGAUGGCUAUGAAUUUUUUGCGAAAAGACAGUUAGUUACCUUGUUUUCCGCGCCAAAUUAUUGCGGAGAAUUCGAUAAUGCUGGAGGAAUGAUGAGCGUCGACGAAACUCUAAUGUGCAGUUUUCAGAUUUUGAAACCAUCAGAAAAGAAAGCUAAAUACCAGUACUUAAGUUUGAACACGGGUCAAGCCACUAGACCAUCUACACCACAAAGGAAUCCAGCCAAAAAGAAAUGACAGCCUUGUACUCGGUUUUUCCUUCAGUUAAGGAAACUCGUCGAUAAGGCGACCAAAUUUUUGUUAAGGCGCGAACAUUAAGAGCAUAACAUUGUAUGAUAUGUUCUAUCACUAACUAGCGGUUAUGCCAAACAGAUGCAUAGCAAAGAAAAAAAACAAAAAAACAAAAAAAAAACAAAAAAAUAAAAAAACAAAAGGAAUGAAUGAGACACGUAGUGAUAUUUGAUCGUCGAGAAUUUUUUGUGAUCGUUAAAGACUUUAAAAAAAGCAGAUUUAAUUUUUUCCUUCGAGUAUAAUUUCAAUCUAGCAUUUUAAGUAAUUAUUAUGUUGACUGAUUAGUAAUUAAAAAUAAUCGAUAGAACGGCUCCCGAGUGCUUGUUAUGAAAAGUUUAAAAACAAACAAAAACAAAAAAAAAGAAGUAAUUCUGACUUUGUUAAUGCUUUUCCAUGAGUAUUACUUUUAUGUUUUAGAAUAAAGUAUCAAGAGAAAUUAUCUCUUCCUUGACUUACAUCUUAAUAUGAUAA